AGCUCAGGGAGCAGAGUCUUGUCUAAAAUCGCUCGGGAAUUUCUUAUAUUUUUUUUAUAUAAAAUAUUAUUGAAUAAACUUCAGUAUUCAAAAUACCGUGGAGCUGUUCACAUCCAAUCAUGGUGUAUAAAAAUGUAUUUAAUGAUUAUAUACAAGCGGAGUUGGGUGAAGAAUAUAAUGAAGAGGCAGCAGUACCAUCAUUCUCACACCAACAUGUGUUCACAUUUUCUGCUGAAUUGGAUAGUACCGUACAAAAAAUAGUUGAUUUAUCAAUUGUUAUUGCUGCUGUAUCAAUGAAUACAGUUAUAUUCGUCUCAACAUUCAUGCGUAAGUCAUUGUAUACAUCAGUUGGCUGUUACAUCUUAAGUUUAAUACUUUCUAAUUUCGUAAACAUUUUGGAUCUCUUGAGAAAUAUUGUUGUGUAUUGGUGUAACUUAAAGUUUAAAACUGACCAUGAUUACAUUAAUCAAGUGACUUUUCGUAGCACUGUUUGUACAGUAACUCUGUUGACUGUCGAUCGCUACAUAGCAUUUUGCUGCAAAGAGACAGUGUGGCAUAAAAUAUUAUUAAAAGCAUCAACAGCUGCUAAAGGUGUCGUUAUUAUAUGGUCAUUUUGUUCAAUUACAACAAUAAUGGAGCUUCAUCUUUACGAUCAUUAUGUCAAACAUACUGGAAUCAUUCUCUCCGUAUUCACAACUACUAUGUACUUAAUAACAACAACUUCGAUAAUUACUUUGUUGAUUGUAAUUAUUAUUGUACAGCUUAAAGAAAAUAAACCUAUCCCUAAAAGCAUGUGGAGAACCGAACAAUCUGACAGUCUUCGAUUACUAGUUGGAAUUAUUAUUGGGAUUUAUGUAACACUCGUUCCGGAUCGAAUAUUUACGAUACUCUAUCAUACAUCAUCAUUUUGCUGUUCACUAUUCACCAAAAACUUCUGUUACUACCUCGCCAAAUCAUCAUCAAUCAUAUCUCCAAUUAUCUGGAUUGGAACGUCAAAGCUUCUUCGCCAAAGUAUUCAAAAAACUCUUUGUGGCAGUGGGAAAUCAUGAUAUCCUUUUCUUCCAUGAUGGAUAAUAUCAUGUACGCAAGUAACUAGACGUAUAUAAAGUAUAUGUUUAUAUACUAAUACGUAUGUAUAUGUAUUAUAUAUAUUUAUAUAUAUAUAAAACUACUACUGGCCACUCCCGUGCAUUAUAAAUUCAUUCAGCGUUCUUUUGGAUACCCAACAUUGGCUUGCAGUGGAUUUUCAAUACGAUAAAAAAGGAAGAAAUUCAAGCGCGAUAAAAAGUCGCAAAGAUGACGUUGCCAAAUAUAUAUAUGUACGAAUCAUUGAUAUCUUUUUAUCGAAAUCUUUGUGUACUGU